AUGAAUAGUGAACAGUUACAAGAUUGGUUAACAGUGGUAAAUGAACAGUUCAAAAUUGGUGAAAAAGCUGUGAAAGAUAUUGACAAAGAAGUGCAGAAUUCUCAUUAUCUUGUUAAUUUCUUAUAUUCUAGUUAUUCUGAUGUUAAUAAAACACAACCUGUUCUUGCCCAAGUUUUGGCAUCUUAUUAUCGUGGAGGAAUUCUGAGGUAUUUUGCUUUGCAGUUUUUACCUUCUCUGAUACAUGUUUACUUGACGGUUCUGGCAAAACGGCAAAAAAAAUCUAUAUCUAUGCUUGAAACUUUUUUGAUGGCUGUCUAUAAUGAGGAAAUAUUAGAUAAAAAUGUCGAUGGAAUUGAGAAACGUGUUGAACAGGUACGAAUACCAUCCCUACGUUACCCUAGUGUGUAUCAUGAUCCUAAGAGGUUGAAUGUGGGCCCAGAGGUGCUACAACUUAGGAAUACAUCUCCUGCUUUUGUACAGAAAACAAUUCGUAUUGGUCCUUACGAUACCGUUGAAAAAAUGACUGCUGAAAAUCGUUACACAGUUUUAACUCGGCUUUUGAAAUCGGUUAAUGGGUGUUUACGUAAUCUCCCAGAAGAUGUAGCUUGUCGUUAUUUAUGUUCAAGCAUAGAUGUUAUAUGCCAUAGCGGUUUUUCUUUUGGAGAAAGUGAAUUUGUGUCUCGCAUAAUGAACGACACCUUUGUCGAACUUAAACAAGACUACUCACGGAAGCCGAGGAUCCGGUUGUCGCCAGAAUUUCUUUUGGAAGCACUCAAUGGUGUUUAUUUUUCACUUUUUAAUGGAUGUUUCGAAAUAAAAGUGAUGGCUUUGCGGGUUAUAGAUGCUAUUCAUCAAAGAGCGGUUUACGAAUUGUUCGCUGAUGUUACUUUGGUGACGAACAGUGUCCGUAGUUCCUUAUUAGAGAAGAGCUUUUUCCAAAAUGAAGAAAUCGCAGCUAUAAAAAGAUCCAGUUUUGCAGCUGUAGGAGGUAGAAAGCGCAGCGAUUUGGUGACCAAUGCUUCACUUCGGCUUAAAAGGAUGCCUGAAGAUAUUGUGGUAACUGCGGAUGAUGAGGAAGUUCACAUGUCGCACAAAAGGGAUUCCUUUUCUGAAAGUCAGAACAAAAUUUACGUCAUAUGGAUAGUUUAG